ACGUGAUCUAGCAGACGAUAUUGGAAAUGAACUUCUGAACUUUAGAGAUCGGAGAAAUUCUUUUACAAGUAAGAAAAACUAAUAUCAGGUAAGUGUGUCAAUAGCUUUCAUCAAUAAAAAGUUAAAUAACAUAACAAAUAAUUAUUUAAAAAUAAUUAACUUGUAUGUUAUCAAAAAAUAACAAAUAUAUUGGUAGUUAAGUUACUCGAAAUCAAUAUUUUUUAUAUAUGAUAUUGGUAACAAAAAACAAAAAAAGAUUAAGCAGUGCCCCAGUUAAUGACAUAUGAUGCACUAGAAAAAGAUAUUUAUAAUUAUUAAUUAGUUACGUCAACUAUAUCUGGAACGAAUCAUUUAAUAUCCUGAGACAAGAGGAAAAGACAUUGCUUAUUAUUCAUUUUCAUACAAACAGAAACAUUUCAACGAUGAAUUCUUGGAGAACUUUUAAUUUUUUUAAUAUGCUAAGAAGCCGAAUGACAUGGCUGAACGUUCAAAGAAACGCUAGAGGAUGGACGCAAAUAAAGAAAUUUUGCAACCUAUAUAAAUAUCCUGUAAUGACUUUCACUGUGAUACCAACUGUUCAUAGUCUAAGUUUCGGUCAAAAAGAAGUAAAGAACACACUCUCUGAAGAAGAUAGGGUAAUAGAGGAGGCUAAAAAGCUUUACGAACAAAAUGAAAUGAUGGCUCUAUAUGAUUUGUUGAUUAAAUAUAAGGAUUGUAAAAAUGACGAAAUUCUAUGGCGUUUAGCAAGAUCUGCUUGCGAUAAGGGAAAAAUUUUAGGUGGAGAAGAGAAGAAAAAAUUGAUGUACGAUGCUUUCGAAUACGUAAAGAAAGCUUUAGACUUGAAUUCAGAAAAUUCAGCUUGUCAUAAGUGGUACGCCAUUAUGUUGGACUACAUUGGAGGUUAUGAAGGAACUAAGAAACGUAUAUCUAAUGCUUAUACUAUUAAAGAACAUUUUUUGAAAGCUAUAGAACUCAAUCCUAAGGAUCCCACUUGUUAUUAUUCAUUAGGGUAUUGGUGUUUUGUAUUCGCUGACUUGACAUGGUACGAAAAAAAAAUUGCUGCUUUACUAUUUGCAUCGCCACCAACCUGUCAAUACGAAGAGGUUUCUUUAAUUUUAUCAUUAAUACUAUAUUAAUGUAUAUUAUAGUGUUUUAAAAGAUAUAUGUAUACAUAAUCUAUUGUUUUUCAGGCCUUAGAGUUUUUCCUCGGUGCUGAAAAAAUUGAUCCAAGUUUCUAUAGUAUGAAUCGUCUAAUGAUUGGAAAGACAUACUAUAGAAUGAAGAAUUAUGAAAAAGCUAAAGAAUAUUUGCUACUUGCUAGAGAUCAUCCAGUAAAAACUCCAGAUGAUAAAGAUGCUCAUAAAGAAGCGGUAGAUCUAUUGAAAAGUUUAGGUGUUAAGUCCUAA